CCCAAUAAUACAGCGUCUUCCCAUCAAAAGCCGGGCUGGGAGAAGCGGGCGUCCGUUGGUUUCUUCCGUCAGAGCGGCGCAUGAGGCGGACCUCCGCGUGCUUUGCUCGCUGCAGCUCCUCCUCCCCCCGUUUAACAGCCCGAGGAGCGGGCUCAGAAGAAGGGAGAGGCGAAGUGAGCAAACGAGGGAAGGGUCCGUACCAUAUCGUUACUUCCUAUCUUCUCCUCCUCCCUUCUCGGUUCGAUAUAGACAAUGGCGGAAGGCGAGGAUAUCCAACCUCUCGUGUGCGACAAUGGGACUGGGAUGGUCAAGGAUUUGCAGGCGAUGAUGCUCCGAGGGCUGUCUUCCCCAGCAUCGUAGGCCGCCCACGCCACACCGGCGUGAUGGUCGGCAUGGGCCAGAAGGAUGCGUACGUCGGCGACGAGGCUCAGUCCAAGCGAGGCAUUCUGACCUUGAAGUAUCCCAUCGAGCACGGCAUCGUCAACAACUGGGACGACAUGGAGAAGAUAUGGCACCACACCUUCUACAACGAGCUCCGAGUGGCCCCCGAAGAGCACCCCAUCCUCCUCACCGAGGCCCCUCUCAACCCCAAAGCCAACCGCGAGAAGAUGACUCAGAUCAUGUUCGAGACCUUCAAUGCCCCUGCCAUGUAUGUAGCCAUUCAGGCCGUCCUCUCCCUGUAUGCCAGCGGGCGCACAACUGGCAUUGUGCUCGACUCCGGCGACGGUGUCAGCCACACGGUCCCGAUCUAUGAAGGUUAUGCUCUCCCACACGCGAUACUGCGUCUGGACUUGGCCGGGCGUGACCUGACCGAUAACCUCAUGAAGAUCCUGACAGAGCGUGGCUACUCUUUCACCACCACCGCGGAGCGCGAGAUCGUGAGAGACAUGAAGGAGAAGCUGUCGUACAUCGCUCUCGACUACGAGAAGGAGCUGGAGACCGCCAAGACCGGCUCGUCGGUGGAGAAGACCUACGAGCUCCCCGACGGGCAGGUGAUCACCAUCGGCGCCGAGCGGUUCCGCUGCCCGGAGGUGCUCUUCCAGCCGUCCAUGAUCGGGAUGGAAGCCGCGGGCAUCCACGAGACGACCUACAACUCCAUCAUGAAGUGCGACGUUGACAUCAGGAAGGAUCUCUACGGCAACAUCGUUCUCAGCGGCGGAUCCACCAUGUUCACCGGCAUCGCCGACAGGAUGAGCAAGGAGAUCACAGCGCUGGCGCCCAGCAGCAUGAAGAUUAAGGUGGUGGCACCCCCCGAGAGGAAGUACAGCGUGUGGAUCGGAGGCUCCAUCUUGGCAUCCCUCAGCACUUUCCAGCAGAUGUGGAUCGCGAAGGCGGAGUACGACGAGUCCGGUCCAUCGAUCGUGCACAGGAAAUGCUUCUAACUCUUCGGAACAGAGGAAGCAAGUUGGACUAAGUUGACAUUUGCUGAUAUGAUGUCUGCCAAGGUCACGUUGUUCCCACCGUAGGGCUGACGGUGAUCUCCGAGGGCCAGCUUGAGGAUGUAGCUUUUUUACUGUGGGUGAUUGCAUUGGAGAAAUUGUUUGAGGCUUUCAUUAGCCAGAAAGAACAUGCUAUCGAACCUGAUCUCUUGUUGACCUCUGUGCUGUGAGGCUGUUCUUCCCAGGACGGCAGAAGCUUCUCGAGUUGAACCCUUUUUCCCAUAUGUUGAGAUGCUGAUCUAAUGUUUAUUUGUUGAACCGAAUCUGUGUUAUGAAAUUAAAUUGAACCAAAUGAUUCUAAUGA